AUGGCCAAAUUAAAAAGUGACCCAGGACUUUGCAAUCUAACUGAAAUAGCGUUACAAGGCCAUUUGAUUAAAGAAACUGAGGUUGACUCGGAUUCAAGUUUAAUCUUAGAACAGGCGCAAAAAGCAUCCCAAACUGUUUGCAACUAUGUUGAUUCGUUGUUGUCAACAUGGAACCCACAAUUGCCACAUGAUGGAAGUUGGCAAAAACCUAAAGUUCAUCCAUGUAGCAGAUGAUACGAUGAAAUUCCUCAAACCGAAAUAGAGUCUGACUAUAUAGAUUUGCUAAAUACAGUCCAGCGACAAACGCAUUGCAGCACCAAAUAUUGUUUGAGGUACAUAUCAGGCUCAAAAGAACUGCAGUGUCGCUUUAAGUAUCCUUUUGACUGCUACGACAAAACCAAAUUGUCAUUUGAACCAAUUAAUAGUAAGAAAGAAUCUGUCUUAUAUAGAUAAUAACCAAAAGAAAUGAUCCAAGACUAAACAAUCAUCAAAAAAUCCAAUUGCAGGGUUGGAUAGCAAAUUGUGACAUACAGGUCAUCAUUGACUAUCACGCAUGUGUUGAGUAUUUGUGUAAAUAUGCAGCGAAAGGCGAGCCUAGAUCCACCAUACUUAAUGAUGCAUUCAGUAGUGUUAUGUGUAGUGAAGACGUAAUUCCAAAUACUGCGAAAGCUGUGAAAAAGGUAAUGAUAAAAUCACUUGGCGAGAGAGAUUAUGGUGCUCAAGAAACAAUGCAGUUAUUGCUGUCACUCAAGUUGCACAGCUCCACUUUUCAUGUAAUACCUGUAAAUUUAAAUGGAUCACGAAGAGUUGAAACUACAGCAAACAAAUCUGAAAACUGCACUAAAGACUCAUUGCUAGAUUUUUAUGCUAAGAGGAAAGUUUUUCAACAGUUUCAUCCAAAUAUACUUGAUUUAAAUCUGGUCAAUUUUGCAACGCAGUUCAAAGUUGUAAAUCAAAAAUUGCAAAAUCAGCAAAAAAUGUUGUGGCUAGAACUUUCCCCAAUUACUCGCCAAAUCCUAAAAGUAAAAGCUAUGGAUUGCAUUGCAAAUAUCAGCUACUUAAGUACAAACCAUGGAUAAACUCAGAAAAUGCUGCUUGGGGAUAUUUAGAGCCAUGCGAUGGUAAUUACAUUUCUGCUUGGAGAGAUUUCUUAAACUCUGCCUAUGCCAAAAAGUAUGUUCCAAAUUGGGAAGAAAAAUUGCAAGGUUGCUUAGAACACAGUGUUGAAACAGAAAAUGAGCCUGUUCCUAUUGAGUCACAAAUUCAAGACGACUGGAUGAUAAUUGCUGAACUACACAACAAUAAGAUAAGUGAAGACUGUUCUUCUGAUCAGGUACAAGAUUGGUCUUCAGAUCGAACAAAUUAUAACCAACAAGAAAUAUCUGAAAUGCCAAAGUGGAUUGAAACAGAAAAAAGGGAUAAUCCACAGCUGGAUUUUGACUAUCACCCUGUCAAUACCACACAUUUUAGUGAAGAACAAAGCCUUGCAUACAAUAUUAUAUUAAAUCAUUCUCAUAGAAAAUCAACAGACCUCCUUUUACUAAUUGUUACUGGAGAAGCUGGGACUGGCAAAAGUUAUUUAAUUAAUGCUGUGCGAAAUUACCUUAAAAGGAGGUGUGUUGUUACGGCAACAACUGGAAAAGCAACUUUUAACAUCAAUGGUGUUACAAUUCAUUCUCUUCUUAAGCUACCAGUAUUGCCUACUUCCCAUAAGGAUUUAUCUGGGCAAUGUCUUGUUGCGUUACAAGAAUCAUUAGUUGAUGUUGAAUACAUCAUUAUCGAUGAGUACUCCAUGCUUGGUCAGAACACAAUGGGAUGGAUAGACUGCAGGUGUAGACAAGCAAUCGGACUAAAACAAGAUAUUUUUGGUGGAAAAUCAAUUAUUUUAACUGGGGACAAUGGUCAAUUGCCACCUGUUGGCGACAAACCGCUAUUUCACUUCAAGCCAUCAAAUGACAUAGGUCAACAAGGCUUUAUAGCGUACUCGAUGUGUAGUAAAGUUGUUGAAUUAACAAAAAAUCAAAGAGUAACCGGCAUAGAAUCCAAUCAAGAAUCUUUCCGAAAUCUCUUGGCUAGAUUGAGAAAUGGUCAAUCGACUAUUGCUGAUUGGAAAAAAUUACUUGAUAGACAACCAACCAAAGUGAAAAAUCUAGACAAUUUUAACACAGCCACAAGAUUAUUUUACAAUAAUAAAGAUGUGGCAAAAUAUAAUUACGAACAAUUGACAAAGUUGAAUUCUCCCAUUGCUAUGAUAAAUGCUCGUCAUUCGAGUAGCAAAGCUCAGCAUAUAAGAGGCUGUCUCCGUAAAAAACCUCCAGGUCAAUAUGGGGCUCAAAAAUAGAUUUCUCUCAUACUCUAGUAUUUUGAAGAUCUAUCCUUGGGAACAUAUAAAAUCGAUGUCAUUUUACUCAAAUUUCCUUUAAAUUAUUUUGGGGGGCGAUUGAUGUUCGAUCGACUGGUAACCAACUUGAUACUCCGAAUGAAGGCCAAAUAUCGACAUAUUUUCAGCGCUAUUUUUUAAAUCAAAUUCAUACCUAAAUUUCAAAAUUUUUGCUGAGAAAUAUAGACUUAUCCUUCUAUUUUCCCGGGUGAUAUGACUUAGAUCAUUAUUCUUUGGUAUAAAAUAGAAAACAGCGCAGUUAUUGACCCUCCUGAACGGAUAAAGGAUAUUGUCUCAAAAUAUGUCAACUUCGAAAGCUUAUUUCAAAAUCGUGGCACUUGAUUGGCACAUGACUUUAACUUUUCUAUAAACUACUAACAUUAGUCAACACAAAUCGCCAAUAAUAUCUUUCUGAUCUACCAUUUGACAAAAAUGACAAGCGCGCAAACUUUGUAAAAUUUGAAAAUGUAUCGAAAUUGAGCAUACUUUAUCGGUAAACAUAAUUCUUGAUAUUAACAAAUAAAACCACCUUACACUACACUGAAUGAAGCUUGAUUAUGUAAAUAUAUGUCUUUCAUCAUUAUUCUUUGGUUUUGCACUCGAAUGAAAUUGUUUGACUGUACAGUUUGGCUUCAAGGAUAGUCAUUCAAUGCAAGUGUGUCCAGUGUGUUCGAAUUCUGUGCGCCUCAAUGCCAUGAGUCUUGAUUGUGACAUACGAACUUCGCUCUGUUCGCUUUGUUUACCUCCUGUAAAUAAAAUGUCUCAAAGAAAUUAGAAAAUUCAGAAUUAGUCAUACUACAGACAUAAUUUUCAUUGGUUUGUUUGCCUUAAACUGUUAUAUAAAGUUUCGUUUUAUAGAAUGUACGAAUUAAUCUUGGGGAAAACUCCUAACUGAAAGAAAUGUACUUGCUGAGGGUAAACAUGUCAAUCAAAUGACGAUGAAAUGUUUCGUUGCUCUCUGAUUUCCCUUUCUUUGUAUUGAAUUAAAUAGUAGUCUUAGACAGUAUUGCACGAGGUUUUUGUGUUUACAAUAAUGGUGUUCUACUUCUACUACAGCCGCAAUUUGUGAUCACGCAACGUUAGGUAAACCUAAACGAUUUCGACAGACAGUAGAUUUUAUGUUGACAGAUGAGAAUGACGGUAAGCAAUAAUGUAGAAAUGUUCCUUUUCUACUUCUGAGUGUGGAAAAUUCCGAGACACAGUAGACUGUUCUUCAAAGUUGCUGGCGUGUAAGAAUGACAUUAGUUAUCACUUGCAAAUUUGUCACCCUUUAAAGCUUGUCGGAAAGAAGAAUAUAAAUUAAUUCUAAUUUUCAGAACCUUUCUAAUUGUUACUGAAAAAAGGAAUAACAUUGAUUAAAUAACUGAGACGUUGAAAUGGGUUACAGCUGUUUGCGCUGAAUUGUUUUGUAUUAUAUCAAAAUAUUCGCAUAUUUUUAUACAACAAGAAAUAAUAUAAAUUCUUGAAGCAUAGCCUUGAGCAAAGUGACCCAGGUCGGCCUGAAAAAGUUGAUUUUUUAUACAGAACCGUGACUUACUUGAAUUUUAGUUUCAUUGAUAAUUGUUUCUAAACCUAGAGACAAUUCAGUUGCUAGAAAACUAUACUGAGCGAAACUAACAAAAUAUUGACAUUUGACAUCACAGCGAGUAUACAUUUCUGAUUUCGUUCGGCCCAGGCCAACAAGAUUUAAUUCGUACAUUCUAAUGAAACUUUUAUAAAACAGUUUAAAAACAAUGAAAAUUCUGUCUGUUGUAUGACUAAUUCUGAGUUUUCCAAUUUCAUUGAACAUUGUUAUUUGUUAAACAGGUAAAGGUAUUUGUUAAAGAGGUAAACAGAGCGAACAGAGCGAAGAUUGUAUAGUAUGUCACAAUCAGGACUCGUGGCAUUGAGGCGCGCAGAAGACACUGGACACACUGGCAUUGAAUGACUCUAUCCGUGAAGCCAAACUGUACUCAAACAAUUUCAUUCAAGCGCCAAACCAAAGAAUAAUGACGAAAGACAUAUAUUUACAUAAUCAAGCUUCAUUCAGUGUAGUGUAAGGUGAUUUUAUCUGUUAAUAUCAAUAAUUAUGUUUACCGAUAAAGUAUGCUCGAUUUCGACACAUUUUCAAAUUUUACAAAGUUUGCGCGCUUGUCAUUUUUGUCAAAUGGUAGAUCAGAAAGAUAUUAUUGGCGAUUUGUGUUGACUAAUGUUAGUAGUUUAUAGAAAAGUUAAAGUCAUUUGCCAAUCAAGUGCCACGAUUUUGAAAUAAGCUUUCGAAGUUGACAUAUCGCCCCCAAAAAUAAUUUAAAGGAAAUUUGAGUAAAAUGACAUCGAUUUUAGUUGUUCCCAAGGAUAGAUCUUCAAAAUACUAGAGUAUGAGAGAAAUCUAUAUUUGAGCCCCAUAUUGACCUGGAGGUUUUUACGGAGACAGCCUCAUAAGUCCUCAACAACUUUUUGGUCUACAUCCAUGUAUAUCUCUCUGCAAAGGUGCUAAAGUCAUGUUAACUAUGAAUCUCUGGCCCUCAGCCGGUCUUUGCAAUGGAUCGACUGGAACAGUGAUCGACAUAAUAUAUGCACCUAAUCACACCCCUCCUAGUUUACCAAUUGCUGUAAUUGUUAGAUUCGAUGAUUAUAUUGGGCCAUCAUUUUUCAAUAGAGAAUCAUUUGUUCCUAUCACACCAGUUACUGCAGCUAUUAACAUUGGCAAAACUAUCCAUGAACGACAGCAAUUACCAUUGACUCUAGCUUGGGCAUUAACUAUUCAUAAGAGUCAAGGAAUGACUUUGGAUUACGCAUGGGUUGAUAUAGGUAAAAAGGAAUUAACAAUUGGGAUGACAUAUGUUGCCAUAAGCCGAGUUCGUAAUCUAUCUUCCUUAAUAAUUGAACCCAUCACAUUUGACCGACUUACUUCUAUAAAACAAUUAGAAGCACUGAAAUACAGAGUUAAAGAAGAGGAAAGACUCAAGAAAAUUGCCAGAAAAACAUGCCUACUAACUCCUUAA